AUGAGUUUCCUUACGAGAACAUUAUCACAAGUUCUUACACGUUCAACAACAACAACAACAAGAUCUACACUUCUUUUGAAACCACAUCCUGCGACGUCAUUAGCACUUCGCUUAGCAUCAACAAAUCCAUCUCAACAAAGUGAUGGUGAUAAACAACAAAAAAAAUAUGAAUAUUUACUAGUAGAUACUAAAGGACAAAACUCUAAUGUAGCACUUGUUCAACUCAAUCGACCAAAAGCAUUAAAUGCAUUAUGUGAUGGUUUGAUGAAAGAAUUGAGUACAGUGUUAGAAUCACUGGACAAAGAUGAUAAAAUUGGUUGUAUUGUUUUAACAGGCAGUACACGUGCAUUUGCUGCUGGUGCCGAUAUCAAGGAAAUGCAAAAUAAUAAACUCGCACAAGUAGUUGGCUCAGGUUUUCUCGAUCAAUGGUCAGCAGUAGCACGAGUUAAAAAGCCAAUUAUUGCUGCUGUAAAUGGUUUUGCAUUAGGUGGUGGUUGUGAAUUAUCAAUGAUGUGUGAUAUUAUAUAUGCUGGGGAGAAAGCUGAAUUCGGUCAACCAGAAAUUAUUAUUGGUACUAUUCCAGGUGCUGGUGGAACUCAACGUUUACCUCGGUACGUUGGAAAAUCAAAAGCAAUGGAAAUGGUGUUAACAGGCGAUCGAAUUAAUGCAAAAGAAGCUGAAAAAAUUGGUUUAGUUAGUGCUGUUUUUCCAGUUGAUAAGCUUGUUGAUGAAGCUAUUAAAACAGCUGAAAAAAUUGCAAGUCAUUCAAGAAUUGUCGUACAAUUAGCUAAGGAAGCAGUCAAUACGGCAUUUGAAACAACAUUGGCUGAAGGAAAUCGUUUUGAAAAGCGUCUAUUUCAUACAACAUUUGGCUUAGCUGAUAGAAAAGAAGGCAUGACUGCAUUUUUAGAGAAACGAAAACCAAACUUUACCGGCCAAUAA